CUACAGAUCACACAUAACACAUGAGAGUCAUUCAUUUGAGUGGGACACUGGAAGCAGUUGGACAGACGGGGAAAAAGACCUCUUCAUUAAGGAUUAAAAUGUACAGGCCAGCACGGGGACCCUCGAGCUCAAGAAUUCUGAAUCCAUACGUGGUGUGCUUCAUCGUCGUCGCGGGGGUGGCCAUCCUAGCAGUGGCAAUAGCGCUACUCGUUUACUUCUUAGCUUUCGAUGAAAAAUCUUACUUCUAUAGAAGCAGCUUUCAAAUCCUAAAUGUUGAAUAUAAUAACAAAUUAAAUUCACCAGCUACACAGGAAUACAGGACUUUGAGUGGAAGAAUUGAAGCUCUAAUUACUAAAACAUUCAAAGAAUCAAAUUUAAGAAAUCAAUUCAUCAGAGCUCAUGUCAUCAAACUGAGGCAAAGUGAUGGUGGUGUGAUGGCAGAUAUUGUCAUGAAAUUUCGAUUCACUAGAAAUAACUAUGGAGCAACAAUGAAAAACAGAAUUGAAUCUAUUUUACACCAAAUGUUGAAUAACUCUGGAAACUUGGAAAUAAACCUUCCAUCUGAAGUAACAUGCAACUUUGAUAGAGCAACUGAUGCCUUUUUCUCAUCAGAAUGUGGGGCUCGUCCGGACUUACUAACUCUGUCUGAGGAGAGAGUCACUGGGAGCUCUAGGGCACAGGUGGGUGACUGGCCAUGGCAGGUCAGCCUGCAGGUGCACGGUGCCCACCACUGCGGAGGUGUCCUCAUCAGUAAGGCCUGGGUACUGACGGCAGCACACUGCUUCAAAAGCAACUCUAAUCCUCACCAAUGGGCGGCCACCUUUGGUAUUUACACGGUGUCUCCUCUGCUGAGAAUAGGAGUCAGAAGGAUUAUAAUCCACGACAGUUAUAGACCUGCAACGCAUGAGAAUGACAUUGCAGUGGUGGAACUUGAGAACAGCGUCACCUUUGACAAAAACAUCCGCAGGGUGUGUCUCCCGGAGGCUGCCCAGAACAUCCUGCCAGGCUCUCCAGCCUUCGUGACGGGAUGGGGCGCGCUGGAGUACGGCGGCACCACAGUUAUAGAUCUAAGGCAAGGACAGGUCAGAAUAAUAAGUAAUAACAUGUGCAAUGCACCAUCUGGCUAUGAUGGAGCCAUCCUGUCUGGAAUGCUGUGCGCUGGGGGACCUCAAGGCGGAGUGGAUGCAUGCCAGGGUGACUCUGGUGGCCCACUGGUGCAAGAAGACUCACGGAGGCUUUGGUUCCUUGUGGGGAUAGUGAGCUGGGGAGACAGGUGUGGUGAACCAGAUAAGCCUGGAGUGUACACCCGAGUGACAGCCUACCGUGACUGGAUCGCCCAGAAAACUGGGGUCUAG